UUAAUCACAGAAGCAACUGUGUGCAAAGGAGAAUCGGAGAGCUUUCUGCCACACUUAACUACACUGAGGGUUCAGCAGUGGUCGCCAUGGGCUCUCUGAAUUCCCGAGGCCCCAAGGCAGAAGCUCAGGUGGUGAUGAUGGGCCUCGACUCAGCUGGCAAGACCACGCUCCUGUACAAACUGAAGGGUCAUCAGCUGGUGGAGACCCUGCCCACUGUUGGUUUCAACGUGGAGUCUCUCAAAACUCCAGGGCAUGUAACUCUGACUCUCUGGGAUGUGGGGGGGCAGAUCCCCCUCAGGGCCAGCUGGAAGGAUUAUCUGGAAGGCGUGGACAUCCUCGUGUAUGUGCUGGAUAGCACAGACGAAGCCCGCUUGCCUGAGGCAGUGGCUGAACUCACAGAAGUCUUGGAUGACCCACACAUGGCCAGCAUCCCUUUCUUGGUUCUGGCCAAUAAGCAGGAGGCUCCCACUGCUCUGUCACUGCUUGAGAUCAGAGACAGGCUAGGCCUAGAGAGAUUCCAGGACCGCUGCUGGGAGCUCCGGGCCUGCAGUGCCCUCACUGGUGAGGGGCUGCCCGAGACCUUGCAGAGCCUGGGGAGUCUCCUGAAAUCCCGCAGCCACUGUGUCUCCAGGUGAGCACAGGUGGGACAGGGUGUGGGGACAGCAGGAUGUCUUGACCUGAAACAGAGCAGUUAACUUUGCUCGUAGGAGUGGAAGAACCAACCAGUCCUUGAGAAUCUUAAGUUCAGUUUAUCAGAUAAAAAAUUUCCUCUGAUGUGCUCAUGGCAGCACUAUUUACAACACUAUAGUUAUGGAAACAACUUAAGUGCCCCCCAAAAGAUGGAUGGAUGAAAAAAACAAGGUGUCAUAACAUACACAUGAUGGAAUAUUACUCAGCUAUAAAAGGAGAUGAAAUCUUGCCAUUUGUUACGACAUGAUGGAACUGGAAGAGAGCAUAUUAAGUCAAAUAAGCCAGAAGGAGGAAGACAAAUAACAGAUGAUUUCACUCAUCUGUGGAAUAUAGAAUAAAAACAAAGGAAUAGACAAAAACAAACUGAAAUAAACCCUAGAAAUAUGGCUGCUACUAAAGGGGGAGGGACCCAAUGGUCUAUGGUGAAGGACUAUGGGUACUUUUGUGGUGGGGUAGGCUGGUAAUAUACCUCAGAAGAGGUGUGAACUUAUACCCUUAAAUCAUACCCAGUAUUGUAAACUAAUGUUACCUCAAAAAAAUUUUUUUUAAUUUGGUUAAAGUAACAUUGCAGAAAUAGAAUAAUAAAUGGUGGUAUGUCAAAAAAUAUGUACAAAUAAAAUGU